ACUCUUCCCACCUCCCCUCAGCCUCUCUCGUCUUCCUUGGACUGCAGCAGAGAAACCGGUGCAUCGAAGAAGACAAGAAACAACAAAUCUCGGCGCGAUGCUUUCAGUCUCUGUGGCUGUGUAGAGAGGGGAAUCAGGGAGACUCAUCGCGCUCGGUACGAUGCAUCUGGUCCUCUGUGGAUUGCUGAUGGUCUCUUCUACUGAGUUCGGACAGGACUGAAGAUCUUUCCAAUUUAAAAUCAACUUUCUGCAUUUCAGCACUGUCUGGCUACUCCCAUCCAAUGGAAUUAGACAUCAUUACUUAAUCAUUAGUUUCCUGGCAGCUGGCUUUUCAGCACUAAUAAACUGCCUUAAGUCUUGCUCUGUCUGGGAAUAGAAGACCAGAAAGAAAGAAAAAAUAGGUAGUUUAUAUUUGUAGCACCUGGUGGAAUAAAAGCUCAAUAGAGAAAUUAAAUUAAAAGACUUUUAGUGCAGGCUACCCUAGUGCCAAGAUGGAUGAAACGCAUAACAACAGGACUUCCUUGGUUAAAGGUGCCAAGGACAUCGCUAAAGAAGCCAAGAGACAAGCUGCCAAAAAUUUCAGCAAAACUGUUGAUCGUGCCACAGAUGAAUAUUCAGCUCAUCGCAGCUACAACCGUUUCCAGAACGAGGAUGAAGAAGAAAACAACUACAAUACUUACGCUCAGCAAGAUGGUCACUAUGCUGACAACGCAGCCAACGACGAGGAUGAGGCCUCUAGUGAUGCCACGGAGGGCCACGACGAUGAAGAUGAGAUCUACGAGGGGGAGUACCAAGGCGUGCCCGCCCACAAUGAUGGGAAGCUGCGGGACGGUCAGGUGGCUCUGGGCCAGCCGGUUUCUGACAGCCUAAAGAGCCGCAAAGAGCUGGAAAAUGAGAGACAGGCAGAUGAGGAGGAGCUUGCCCAGCAGUACGAGCUGAUCAUGCAGGAGUGUGGCCAUGGGAGAUUCCAGUGGCAGCUGUUCUUUGUACUUGGGCUGGCGCUCAUGUCAGAUGGCGUGGAGGUGUUCGUAGUGGGCUUUGUCCUACCCAGUGCUGAGACAGACAUGUGUGUUCCCAACUCUGGUGCUGGAUGGCUUGGUAGCAUUGUGUAUCUGGGGAUGAUGUUUGGAGCCUUUUUUUGGGGCGGCCUGUCAGACAGAGUGGGCCGUAAACAGUGCCUGCUGAUAUCCAUGUCUGUCAAUGGCUUCUUCGCCUUCCUCUCCUCCUUUGUCCAAGGCUACAGUAUGUUCCUCGUGUGCCGCAUGGUGUCUGGCUUUGGGAUUGGUGGAGCAGUACCAAUAGUAUUCUCGUACUUUGCGGAGGUGUUGGCUCGGGAGAAGAGAGGAGAGCAUCUGAGCUGGCUGUGCAUGUUCUGGAUGAUCGGAGGAAUUUACGCCUCAGCCAUGGCCUGGGCUAUUAUCCCACACUAUGGCUGGAGUUUCAGCAUGGGUUCAGCCUACCAGUUCCACAGCUGGAGAGUGUUUGUGGUGGUGUGUGCACUGCCGUGUGUCUCUGCAGUGGUAGCUCUCACUUUUAUGCCUGAGAGCCCCCGCUUCUACCUGGAGAUGGGUAAACAUGACGAGGCCUGGAUGGUGCUCAAACAAAUUCAUGACACCAACAUGCGAGCCCGUGGGGAGCCUGAGAGAGUCUUCACUGUGAACAGGAUAAAAAUCCCCAAACAGCUGGAUGAGCUGGUGGAGAUGCAGAAUGAGUCAGCCAACCCCGCACUCAAGGUCCUCUUCAAGAUCAAGGCUGAACUCAGAGGAAUCUGGUUGACUUUUAUGAGAUGCUUCAACUACCCAGUGAAAGACAACACUAUAAAACUGGCUGCAGUCUGGUUUACUCUGUCUUUUGGGUUCUACGGACUCUCUGUGUGGUUCCCGGAUGUCAUCAAGCACCUUCAGGCCGAUGAGUACGCCUCCAGAGUGAAGAUUCACAACAACGAGUGCAUUGAAGACUUUACCUUCAACUUCACUCUGGAGAACCAGAUCCACAGAAACGGGGUCUUUCUAAAUGACAGGUUUAUCGGUAUGAAGUUCAAGGCGGUCACAUUCAUCGAGUCAUCUUUCCUCAACUGCCAGUUUGAAGAUGUCUCCUCUGUCGGAACCUUCUUCAAAAACUGUACCUUUGUAGACUCCUUCUUUUACAACACAGAUAUUGACGACACCAAACUAACAAAUUCAAGGGUGAUCAACAGCUCCUUCCACCACAACAAGACAGGUUGUCAGAUGACAUUUGAUGAUGAUUAUAGUGCCUACUGGGUCUAUUUUGUCAACUUCCUGGGAACGCUGGCUGUGCUGCCUGGAAACAUUGUCUCUGCCCUCCUCAUGGACAAAAUAGGACGUCUCAGCAUGUUAGGAGGCUCCAUGGUGCUGUCAGGCAUCAGCUGCUUCUUCCUUUGGUUUGGCACUAGUGAGUCGAUGAUGAUCUUCAUGCUCUGUCUCUACAACGGCCUCAGUAUCUCUGCCUGGAACUCCCUGGAUGUGGUCACUGCUGAGCUGUACCCAACAGACAGGAGGGGCACAGGCUUUGGCUUCUGUAAUGCCAUGUGUAAGCUGGCAGCGGUGCUGGGCAACCUGAUCUUUGGCUCACUGGUUGGCAUCACCAAGGCUAUCCCCAUCCUGCUGGCAUCGUCUGUGUUGGUUGGCGGCGGGCUUGUGGGGCUCCGACUGCCAGACACACGCGCCAAUGUCCUCAUGUAAACCUCAACACAGAACAGUAUGUUGUUUACCAGGUAUUUACUCCGUUUACUGAGUAAUCAUUCAUUAAUGGAGCAUCAUUUAUUUGAAUAUCACUGAAACAGGCUUUGCUGUCACCCUUCUUGUAUUUAUUAUUUAAUAAAUAAUGUUGACAAUGUUCACAAACUCAAGUACAGGACAAGUGAUUAUUUUUCGCUUUUUUCGGAGUGAAAUACCUGGUAAAUAAUAAAGGAUGCUGAAAUGCAAUUUAAGUUAACAAUGAGCUGUAGAUAUAAAGAGUUUGAAGACUACAAUCAAAGGUUCGAAAUGUACCAAGUGUCAUGGCUGGUUGCCAAAGCCCUGGGCAUUCUUGCAGUAUCUCAAGAUGAAAAGGCUACUAUUCAGAACCAAUUAAACAGUUAGAAUUAUCAGUGGUGAUAAAACUCUGUAUAUCAGCAGCUCAUUAUCUACCAUGGGCUGUUUCACACAUGCAAAUGCGUGUGUCAAAGCUGCAAAAGGCUUAGACUUCUGACAACCUUCCCUUUCCAAAUCCUUCUCAGUCUUGCUCAGAUUAAAGGAAUAGUUUAACACUUUGGGAAAUGUAUUCAAAGCUACCACUAGCAACCGGUUAGCUUAGCUUAAAGACUGGAAGCAGGGGGAAACAGCUAGCCUGACUCUGUCCAAAGGUACAGUAACAAAAUCCGCCUACCAGCACCUCUACAGCUCUACAACUAAUUAACACAUUAUAUCUUGUUCAUUAAAUACUUUACAAAAAAAGGAAAGUUAUAUAAACAACAAGUUGUGCUUUUAUGAGGGGCUAUGUGCUUGGACUAUUUCUUGGUCAGGUGAAGUAAGUUUGUGGUGCUGUGCAACAGGCAGAGACUGCCGGUAAAACCACAAUUGAUUGUUUUCACACUCUUUUUUUGUACGGAUUAAACAAGGUGUAACGUGUUAAUUAGUGAGCUUUAGAGUUGCUGGUAGCUAGAUUUUACCUUUGGACAGAGCCAGACUAGCUGUUUUCCUCUGCUUCCAGUCUUUAUGCUAAGCUAAGCUAACUGGCUGCUAGCAGUAGCUUCAUAUUUAUCAUACAGACAUGAGAGUGGUAUCAAUCUUCUCAUCUAGCUCUCAGCAAGAGAGUAAAUAAGUGUGUAUAGUUCAACCAAAUGUCGAACUAUUCCUUACAAUACAAUACAAAUCAUUUUGUAACAGUGUGGAUGUGAUUAUGCUUGUAUAUCUAUAUAUUUAGUCAUUUAAGUAUGUUAUUUAUUGCUUCAACAGUGUGCUUUUAUGUUUGUAGGCCAAACAUUGAAGGUGCUUUUGACCUCAGUUUCUAAACCUGUGAUCAGUAUUCCACUAAUGGUUGAUGAUGUUCAAGCCUUUUGCUGCAAUUUGCAAGAAUGACAAGGCCAUAGGAAAAAAUAAUCUCUAACGAUAUAGUAGUUUAGUCAAAAAUGGCAACUUCAGCAGCUACAUUUCUAAAGUGAAAAGAAGUUUACAUUUUCUGCUUUUUACAGUAAGAGACUUUUGAGAUUGGAAACCUUUUGUCUGAAUGCUUCCUCUCUCCCUCUCUCGUGUCCGUGUUGUGUGUCGUCUCGUGGUACCGAGCUCCCCAUGACGGGCUUUGCAAUCCGAUCUGUCAAGAAGAAUUCAUACUCUGCUGUUAUAUUCUGCUCUUCCCCUUGUUUUUUUCUCUCUCUCUGUCUCACUGUCUUGGUUUCCUCAUAGUGUCUCUCAUCUAGUCUUGUCCUCUUGCUGCUGCUCCCUCCAAAACUCAAAGGCCUUUCUCAAAUGUUGUGCCUCUCUCUCAAAUCUUGCUGGAAGCUUUGCUACUCUGUCCUGCUUUUUUUGGUCUAUCUCUUGAUAAUGCUGUGUGUGUGUGUGUGUGUGUGUGUGUGUGUGUAUGUGUGUGUAUGUGUGUGUGUCUGUGUGUCCAGACAAACCCUUAUAAGAUACAGUGACCAUCUCAUAUGUAGAAAGCCAAGUUUAGUUUUUUUUUCAUGUUUUUUUUUUCUAUACCAAGGAACUGGGGUUUUUUGGAGUAUUUGAACUAUGUGAUAAAGUGAAAUUAAAAGCCAUGCUUAAAGGAUCACUUCACCCAAAUUUCAAAAAAACAUAUUUACCAGCCAUGCAGAUAGUAAAUGUGAACCUCAUCGGAACACAAGAUGAAAAGUCAGGGGAUCACCAGAGUCAGUAGGAUUCAUCCUCUGGACACCAUGAAUGUCUGGACAAACUUUCAUGGCCAUUCAUCCGAUAGUUGUUGAGAUAUUUCAGUCUGGACCAAAGUGGUGGACCAACCAACCGACAUUGCCAUCCCUAGAACAAUGUCGCUUCUGUGGCUAAAAACUGCAACAUGUCACUGGAUAAUCCACAGAACACACUGUCAACAGUUUUCAUAUUUCCUUGGUAGAAAGUAGAUUCAGUGAAAACUGUUAAGAGUGAGGUCUGUGAAUUAUCCAGAGUUGUUUCUGAAAAGACACAAUGCCGCUGAGUUUUUCAAAUUACAUUUUUUACUGCUGUGAGCACCACAAACAAAAUUCCAUUCACCUCCAUUGUACUGAGGUAGAGGCAGUAAUCUUAGAGACGGAUAUCUGGGCAAAUAAAACUAAAACUAUCUACGUGGCUAGAUACCACUUGAGCUAAAUAAGAAACUCUGGUUUUUGUGAUUUGGGUGAACAAACCCUUUAAAACCUCUAUUGAAUGGGACUCCUGCUGCUACAGUGUCAGUGCUGUGAUGUUCAAAUGCAUUAGGACAUUUGUAAAAUAAAAACCUGUAACAUGGUCUCUUCUGGGUUUGUUCAGUUAUACAAACGUACAGUACUGUUUCAUUCAGUUACUUUCGAAUCAGUUUUAUGAUGAUGAUAUUUAGUGUCAACAUACAGUAUGUGAUGUUCUAAGGCUUAUAUCAUUUAUCUUACUCUUGAAAGCAAAUGCGUGCAGUGCAUGACCUCCUACAUGCAGCUACUUCCUUUUAAGAUUACUGUUUCAAGUUAUGAAUCUGGUUUCCUGUUGAGUAUGUUUUAUGCUUUAUUUCUGUCCGUCUGCAUCAUCCCUUCCACCAAACACCUCCACCUGUGCUGAACAAACUUACUAUACGGCACUGUUUCCAAAAAGAAAUCCUGCAUGUUUGCUACUGAAGUCCUUCUGUUGUGUGUGCUUCUUCCAUUUUGGUGUCUUCGCUGUUCCUCUGUGGGGGGAAACAUCAUGUCAUGUGAUUCCUGGGUCAAAGGUGAAUGUAUCAUUCUUGUGUAUUGUGAGUUUUGUUGUGGGCAGGUGUUCAUUGUACUGUGUUGACUUCUAGUCUGGUCAGAUCUGCUGUUGGGAAGGUUUACAGUCAGAUGAAUCACUAUUGUAAAGUCACUGAAGCAGAAAUGAAAUUGCCGGUGUUGUGACUUUCAGAUUUGAAAACCUCUGCUGUCAAAUCAUAUAUGGAGGUGUGUGUAAAAAAAAACAAAAAAAACAAUUACCUGUCCUUGAUAUGAUUUAUUUUGAUAAGAAAAGGCUCAAGUGAAUGCAGUGUAAAGGUGGAUUCCUCUGGUGUCUACAUGUUGAAUAAAGAGUUUCAUUUGAA